UUUUGAAGAACAAAAACCCUACUGAAGAACAAAAACGUGAAAAUAGGCUGAAGAACAUAUAUUCUGUUCUUCAGUUUUCAAAGAACACAUUCGUGUUCUUCACCAUAUUCUCCAAAGAACGGAAGAACACAGAUUUCUAACAGUGUACUCAUGCAAUAAAAUAUCAGGUCGUUCUUUAACAGUAUAUCGUUUGGUAUAAUAACCGACCGUGAGAACAAAUGUUUCUCACCUAUAGGAUCUGAAUUCAAGAUGAUUUUAGGUCUCAUUUUUUUAAAGUGGUAAGUAAUUUUUCCCUAGGUUUGCUUACUGAAUAAUUAAGUUUUAAACUUGGAAAGCUUUAUGGUUGAAAGAUUUUUCAGUAUUUUUUUCGAGAAAAGAAACUAUACAAGAAAUAAUCUAAAAAGAUACCUUUGUGAUACUUCAGCCUUUUAUACUCAAGUCAUAAUGGAGAAGGCGUAAUGUGCUUUAUGAAACACGUAGUUUUCUAGAAACUCAUGAACAUUCAUAGCCAGUGAUGGAAGAGUCAUAUUUUACCGUUACUCACAGUUGACUCGGAUCCAAGGUGAACGACUCGUGGAAUCUGAGAAAAAAACUCGAGCUAUUUUCUAAGAAGUCCAGUUUUCGUUUUGCUGGAAAAAAAAAAUAAUUGAUGAAAAAUAAACAAAAACUGACAGCUGAAGAGAGAAGAAAAAAAAUUCAAAGAAAUAAAGUUUUGUCAAAACGAUGGUUGCGAGAUAUCAAGAUAGUACUUUAAACAAUCAGAUUAGCUAUGUGAAAGUUAAAAAGUUUCAAAUAAAGCAGUUCAAUUCCAAUAGGACGGAAGAUGAGUUUUUUUUUCUCCUGAUCUCAGCAGAUAUUAAUAACUAUUGCAAGAUUGUAUUAAUUUUUUGGUGUUAAAAACAAGAUAUGUACUUAUCAUCAUUGUAUAUUCAUGUUCGCUUAGCGGCCCAGAACAUAAAAAUUUGUUCGGUUAACUAAGACUUUUUUUCUCUCAUUUAGUUAGCUACAGUCAAUAGAAAAAGAGAUAAGUUUUACUUGUACGAUCUGUACAGAAAGAAAACUAAAACCAGAGAAUUAGUCUUGUUCGAUUCUAUGGUGACUAUUCAAAUAAUUUUUUUUUUUUUACAUGAUUGUGUAUGUCUGAACUAAAAAGCAUCGAGUUUUCCAUAUGUAAAGAGGAAAAAAUAUUUCUUUUGCUUUUAUUUUUUUAUGGAGUAUGAAAAGAAAAAGGAAAUGUGCAUAGAGUUGUGAGACAUGGUCAAGUGAAUGUCAUAGUUUAUUAUUUCUAAUUGAGAAAAGACUGACUCUGGAUGGGGAAAAAACUAAGAAAGAAAGAAAACGCAAAAAAUUUCAUAGUAUCAUGAAAAUAUAAACAAAAUUAAGUUCAAAACUUAUAGUGUGUAAGAUAAAGGACAUUGUGAUCAAAUCAAAAAUGGCAGAACGCACAGGUACAGUUUUAUUCUAUAUAAGUUAAAAUAUACCAAAAAAAUGGUAAUAACUUCUAUAUCAUAGUUAAAGAUUUUUCGCCUCUCACUGUACGCUCUGCAAGCCACUGGUUCAUGGCGCAACACAAAAAUACUUUUGAAUGUUCGACUCAAAGCUUUUUCUUUGCCUAUCAACUCGGAACUACUUUGUUAUGAAAACGAAUAUGAAAGCGAGAUAUUCAGAUUUGUUCAACAAAUAGUUAGUUAUUCAUGCAUUUGAUAGUCAAAAACAUUUUCUGCUCAAAAACAAAACCAACUCUUAUGAAACUUCUUGUAACCAAGAUCGUGACUUCUUGAAUUUUUCCAGUAAGAUCUUGAUUCAACAUCUUGAUAAGAAAAUGUAAGAAUUCAAGAAAUUUCAAGAAGUCAAGAUCUUGAACAUCUUAUAAUUUCUUGACUUCUUGUACUCCAGAUCUUGGAAAUUCUUGAAUCAUCGUUUUGUUCUACACUCUUGUGUAAAAUAUAAGUGCGAAUAUUUCCAGACUUAGAAUAAUUUCGAACUUUUUUCCUUCUGGAACAUAGUUGUUUAAGAAAGAACCUAUGACUCUAUAUGGUCGUAUAUCUGACGGCUGUGGCUGCCAUAAAGAAAGACAAAAUGUAAAAAAAUUCUUCACUUAAGAUCUUGCAACAUACAUCUUCAGUGGAUUCACUCGAGAACUUGAAAUUUCUUAACUCAAGAUCUUGGGUACAAGAAAUUUAACUAGGGAAGACUCACCGACAUUUUAAAGUCGACGAAGAAUGGUCAGAAGUUUGACAUUCUAAUUGCACCGCCUACUACGGCUGGAAUAUGAUCAUAGUCAAUUAAUCAUCAAAAAUCUAUCUGAUUUGAUUAGUACGGUAAAUAACUAGAUCUAGAAAACUGCUGUCUAUGUUUUAGCUUACUCGUCUGAUUUAGUAUCACCAAUUGCUGAACAUGUUUUAUCGGUGUAUGAAAACAAAAAUGAUUUUGAUAAAUUAAAAGCAGGUUUAGAACUGAUUGAGAAAGCAAAAUUAUUUGAUUUCGAAAAAGAUUAUUAUGGGGCCAUUCGCUAUUAUCGCGAAGGUAUUGAUUUAAUCAUGGACGAAUUUAUGUCACGAACAACGGGUAAUGAACAAUCAAAAGAAUAUUUGAGAUUAAAAUGUCACAAAAUAUUAAAUCGUGUAGAAGAAUUAAAAAAAUUAAUCAAACAUCUUGAAAAUGAUACAUUGAAACAAGCUGUGGAUGAUGAACGUAUAAAUAAUUCUAAUGGUGCAAGUAAUGAUUAA